UCCACCAGUGAACGGAACUCAAUCGAAAAAUUAUUCGCUUGUAGAUUGAUUCGGAAACUAUGAUUGACUGCUACUGUUCCACGCUGCUGAUAAGAUAGCCGCUUCCGUAACAUUGUAACAACGCAUCGAUGAUACCGAGCCGAGCGCCAACAUAAUUGUCAAUCGUUUGGUGAUCAUUUCACAGACCGUUAUUUGUCGGGAUGACGCACGCAAUCAUCUGCGCUGUUUGUACCUUCGCCGUGUUUUCACUAGCCGUGGGAGCAGAUCUACCGGAUCCCUUGCUAGUCGGAGGAACCGAAUCAACAUGGGGUAGCUUCCCUUCGGCUGCUUUCAUCAGAACUCCCACGCUGAGCUUCUGCGGAGCAGCAGUCAUCCAUCCGGAAUUCGUUCUCACGCUGGCGCAAUGCGUACUCAACGGAACUGCUACGCACCUGCCGGAACACGUGGAAAUCAUCGCCGGCGAUUUGAAUGUGUUUCCACAGUCUGUAGAGCGACAGACCAGAAGUGGGCGUGAAAUCAUCGUCCAUCGGAACUUCACCGCGUUCAACCUGCGCAAUGACAUCGCUCUGGUACGAGUCGAUCGGGAGUUCAAGCUGCCGUCCAACACGGUCGAGUUGGCUGUCCGUCGGAAACGGAUCACUCCAAGCGAGGGGGUUUGUCUCCUGCCGGGGUGGAACAUUCAACGAACGACCACAUCCGGUAAGAUCGAAUCCGGCCAGAAGUACCUGAGCGUGGAGAUUUUGGAUCGGGACAUGUGCAACGAGGCGCACAUUCACGAGGGGCGCGUCCGGGAGAGUAUGCUUUGCGGUGGAAACCUCUUUCAGAGUUCGAAUGCCGCCUGCAGUGGAAACCUGGGAUGUCCGCUGUAUUGUGGCGAGCAGUUGGUGGGUUUGAUGUCGUUCGGAGCGAACUGUGGGCUGGCGAAUGAUCCGCCGGUGUUCAGCCAGGUGCGGUUUUUCAACCGGUGGAUUGACGAGGAGAUUUUGGAGCGAGUUGUGAAUUGAAAAUCAUAUGUUCAAUGGAUUGUUAUAAUUUGCAUAAAUUAUUAAUGAAGAUUCAGGGGAAUC